CAUUCCAAUCACUCGUUUUGAAAACUGAUGAUUAAUUCCUUUGCAUUCGUGAAAUUCAUUUGCGGUUUUUCCAUUUCACACAAUUCUUAUCACCGAAAUCGACCAAUCCUUUUGAUUUAGUUCUCUGUGGUAACAAGAUUGUGUUCUGCUGUUGAUUAGUUUAUCUGUCUGUUUAAACAUGGAGAAAGUUUACUCACAUAACAAUAAAGAUGUAUUUACAAAUCCCAAAUCGAAAAUAGUUAAUCAGCAAUGGGUUAGAUUGAAUGUUGGUGGGACAUAUUUUUUAACCACAAAAACUACUCUUGCCAGGGAUCCAAAUUCAUUCUUAUUUCGCUUGAUUCAAAAGGAUAGCGAUCUCAAAUCUGACAAGGAUGAAACUGGUGCUUAUUUAAUAGAUAGAGAUCCUAACUAUUUCUCUCCUAUCUUGAACUAUUUAAGACAUGGAAAAUUGAUCAUAAAUAAUGGUCUCGCAGAAGAAGGAGUUCUAGAAGAAGCAGAAUUCUAUAAUAUUGCAGAGUUGAUCAAUUUGAUUAAAGAAAAAAUCUGUGAUAGAGACAAUAAGGCACCAAAAGAUAGUCAAAAACAUGUCUAUAGGGUCUUGCAAUGCCAUGAAGAUGAACUCACUCAAAUGGUGUCUACCUUAUCUGAUGGGUGGAAAUUUGAGCAAUUGGUGAAUAUUGGUUCUCAAUAUAAUUAUGGGACAGAGGAACAUGCUGAAUUUUUGUGUGUAGUCAGUAGAGAAUACGGAGCUCGUGAAAAUAGCAAAGUAGAACAUACAGAUAAGGCUAAAGUUCUUCAGCAGAAAGGUUCUAGAAUGUAACGUUAAAGAUGCUGAAAUUUGAGGUUAACUUGACAAAACUCAAGCCACUGUUCUGAUCUCUUUGUCUCUAAGAUAAAGAAAUUCAUAAAACUUAUUUUAAAUUCACAAAUCACAAUCCAAGAAAUAUAUAUUUGUGGAAUUAGAUAUGUGAUUUUGUAAAUGUAAAUUCUCAUAUACUUCUGAUAUUUCAUUGAAUUUAAACAAAUACUUCAAGGAAUCCUCCUAAAUUUUGACUAUAUUAUACUCUAUUAUAAGUGAACUAUUUAA